AUGCUAUCACGACAAGCCCUGCGCGCCAUGCGCCCAACAACCGUUGGUGGACUCCGGCCCUUUUCCGCCACUCCCACGGUCCUUUCCAACUCCAAGAAAACCCCCUCCCUAGCCGACAUCAAACCCAACACGGUCGACUCCUUCAAUGCCAAACAGAAACUAUUCCGGGAGCAGCUAGCAGAGCAGAAGCGACAGCAGGAAGCGAAAGCAGCCCAGCUCGCGCGCGCCGAAGCCGCCGCCCACGAACCGCCCCGCAAAGUCGGCCCCCUGACGAAUCUCAUCUACGGCACAAAAGAAGGAAGAGAGCUGGAUGCCCAGCUGGAAGCCAGUUUCUCCCAGGUGCUGGCGCGCGGUAAGUAUGUGCACAGCAUCACGUUUGACCAGGUCAAGCCUGAGUGCGUGGAUGAGUAUGUGGCGCUGGUGGGCGAGUGGUACCCCAAGUGGGCGGGGGAUCCGGAGAAUAAGGUGCAUCUUGUGGGCAGUUGGAGGGGGGAGGUGGGGGAUGUUGAUACUUUUGUCCACAUCUGGGAAUACCAACGCUACACUGGCCUACACUCCUCCCUGAGUUCCCUCUCCUCGCACCCCUCCUACCCUCAAUUCUCCAAGAAACUCGCCCCCCUGCUUCACAAGCGGCACACCUCCCUAAUGCAAGAAUUCUCCUUCUGGCCCACCACCCCGCCCCGCCAGCUGGGCGGAAUCUUCGAACUGCGCUCCUACACUUUACACCCGGGCAACUUGUUGGAGUGGGAAACCCACUGGCGCCGCGGCCUCAAGGCUCGCCGCGAGGUGAUGGAGGGAGUGGGCGCUUGGUUCGUGCAGAUCGGGGAGCUCAAUACCGUGCACCAUUUGUGGCAGUUUGCAGACCUCGAGGAACGCAGGAGGCAGAGAGAGGAGAGUUGGGCUAUCAAGGGGUGGGCGGAGACGGUGCAUAAGACUGUUCCGCUUAUUCAGACUAUGAAGAGCAGGAUUUUGGUGCCGAUGAGUUGGAGUCCUGUUGCCUAA